AUGCCGUUCUUACAAUGGCUCCUGCUGUUUUUUGGAAUUAUCUCCAUGAUGCUCUACGGGUUCAUCGUUUACGUGCUGACCAGGAAAAAUCUCAACAGUGUAUUGAAAGGGUCGUAUUUUACAAUCGUCAAAUAUCAAGUGAGUUUCUGGAAAUUUCAUGAGUUUCUGCUCAAUAAUUGGAACGAAUAUUGAAGCUGUAUUUUCCAAAAAGUUGAGACUACCAAAAAAAAGAAGACUAAGAUGAGUAUGAAAACAUGGAUUUGAAUUUUUAGAUUUUUCUUCAUUUUUUUGAAAAAUUAUUGAUUUUUUUGUGGGUCCUUUAGAACUCUAAGCGUUCUUAUUUAAAUUUUUUGAUAGCUUCAAUUUUCCGUUCUUUUUCAUCAACUUUCGGUAGAUUUUUAUUACACAGAUUCAAAAAACAGUGGAGAUUUCUCGAUUCAUCAUUUUUAGACAUGAACUUUCAGCUGGUCUUUCUGAACCUAUUACCCUCCCCCCCCGUCAAAAAAGUAACCAUUUUUUUCAGUUUGCCGCCGAUUUACUCUGUUUUUUCGAGUUCACAACAAUGAUGAGACUCCGGAAACAUGCCGGGUUUCACGUUUUCUUCGAGCCUGGGACCAUUAUUUCUGAGCCCAUCCCGAGAAUAUCUUCAUUCAUUCAUUUUUACGCAAAAGUCGUCAUUUAUGUUGGUUACAUGGGUUACGCUUGCAACCGACUAAGCGCUGGAAUUCGCAUUUCAUCUUAUAACAUGGUAAUUUUUUCUCUUUUUCAGAAUAUCUCUCGAAAACAAGGAAGUGAUUUCAAUAGAGAGCUCAAAAUAAAAGGAGGAAAAAAGGUUGAGUUGGACUGCAAGUUGAUCUCAACUUCCUAAUUCUACCUUAUUAAGUAUCAAUCAUAGUAUAUUGCUUUUUCUGGUUUACGGUACCUGAUAAUAAAGUGGAAAAUAUGCUGCUUCUUUGGAAAUACGCUAUUAGAUCGGGUCUUUGAUUAUGUUCUGCACACGAUAUUUAGAGAAGUUUGUGCGCAAGAAGAAAAACAAAAAUAUUUCUGACAAGGGUAUAUGGAGUUUGGUGGAAGGAACACAGUUUUCACGCAAGUCAUUGAAAAAUCGAAACGUCAAGAACUGAUAAAGUUCAUUUCAGCUUUGGUCUAAGAAAGUGCUACGAGCUUUUUUGGUUCUUCAAUGGAUACUUCCUCUCUUCGCAACUGUCCCAACACAUGCAAAUCCGAAUUAUUCUUUUUGGUUUACGGUUACAACUGCAAAUAUUCGUCUUCUCAAUGACCCUGUCUCUACAGAGGUACAUUGUCCAUUUAAAAAAAAAAAAAACAUCGGAAAAGUUCAUUUCCAGUUAAUCGCAUUAAUCGACGGGGCGUGCUGUUUAUUCACGUGCAUAUUUUGCCUUUUGUGCUACAUCGUAACGCUUUAUUACCUCCGCCUGAAUACCUAUAAAAUGACGCUGACAUCGGUGGGUUGAAAGAAACAAGUUUGAUAGAUGGGUGGUCUUGGAGGAAAUGAGCUUUUCUGGAAGUAGAAAAUGGUGAUUUUUCGUGAAAAUCGGUUGAAAUGAAACACGAAAAGAAGUUGAGGGAUUUUGACCUGACUGGAGCAUGGAAAAAUGAUUCUGAAUCGAAUGUUCCUCUUGCUAAACUACCUGUUUUCCAACAAAAACCUCAUCAGAAAAUUUUUAUUCACCCUAUAAAGAAAUUCCAAAAAUCUCUAUUUUCUAAACGUUCUUAAUCUCGAUGUUUUUUGAACUUCAUCCGAAAAUAGAUGAUGACAAAAAGUAUGAAUAAAGUAUUUUUGAGUAUUAGAAAUCUCUGAGCGACUUUCAGAGAGCUUCCAAACAGAACGUUAAAUUGAAUUUAUUGUUCUUGUUGGGGUCUGCUAAGGAUUUCAGGGCUUUGACGUGAUUUCCAGAUAUUUUUCAAUGACUUUCUAUUUUUCAGAAAUCUGACGCGAGGACCUCAGCGGAAAAAAGCUUGUUACUCUCGGCCAUAAUGAUGUUUUGCGUGUUUUCCCUAAACACCGUUGUUCAAGUAAUGACAAUUUGGCUAAGCUACAAAACGGUUGAUGAUCUCCUCUUUAUUUAUGAUUUAGCGUGAGUCGAUUUCAAUUUUAAUCGAAAAAAGACCUUUUUAACUUUUUUUUUGGAAAUGGGACAAGAUACAGUAAUUUGUGAGUUUUACCCUUCAAAACUUUCCUUUUUUCGGAUUAAACCGUUGAAAGUUGGAAGAGCUUGGAAGAAAAAAACGUCUCUUCUUUUAAACUGAGAAUUUGAACAUGAGGAGGUUUUCAGAAACUUUAUCAGCCACAAUAAAAACUUCCUGGCUAGGUUUCAAACAAUCUGAAGUUCCGAAUGAACAUUUUCAUGCAAAAGUAUAUUUUCCAGGUACCCUAUGAUCGAUUUAAUGUACUCUUGUUCCCCGUGGACGUUGUUGUUCACAUCGGCGACCCUCAAAAAGCAAAUGCGAUUAGAGCUGAUAGAUAUCCUUAGAAGGUGAUUAGUUCCUAGAAAUGUUAGUUCAGUUUCGUUAAGGUUGUAUAGGUUGCUGAAAAGUGAUGAAUUCCUGGCAAACCCGACAAAGACGGCGAGAACGACGCAUGUUACGAGGCUCCGGUCGCUACCUUCAAGUUGAAAUUUUAUUUUUGAUUUGAUUUUUGGUUGUAUCACUUUACUUGUAUUACUAGUUCGCAAUUGUUUGAGCAAAAGAUCUCAUCUCGAUAAAAGAAAUUCAUUUUUGUUCUUACAAAAUGUGUGGACUCUGGGGAAUUUGGGUCGUUUCAAAAACUAACUGAAAGUUUAUUCAGUGUGAUAAAUUCGAAUCCUGAUAAUUUCAACCUGCACAUUUUUUAACAAAAGAGUAAAUUAUACCGUUGAGUUGCUUAUAUUCUACACAUUCAAUGAACUUCUCCUAAUCUCCAGAAAACCGACAUUUCUUUGAAGUUAAUAAAUUUUUUUAUUACUUCAAAAAAACGUUCAUCUGCGAAAAAUUUUUGAAAAAAAGCUACGGAAUUUCUCAGAUGAGUAGUUGGCUAAAUAAGGAAUAACAGCUCGUACGAGGGCUACCGGCUUCUUAAAAAUUGGAAUUUCUUGUCAUUUUUGUACUUUCAGUUGUAAAAUUUGAAAAAAAUCUAAUAUUUGCUUCAUUACAACUUUUAUGAAUGAAUUAAACAAUUUUUUUCAAUGGCUGAAGCUUCAAGCUUUAUUUUUUUCAAACAAAAAAACUUUUUUUGAUAACUACUUCAUGUUCACUUUUUAGAAAAUGAGAUGAAAAAUCCUCUUUCGAAGAAAAAGUUGUAUAUUCAUUCAGGCUUUCGAUUGAGAGAAGUUCACAGUUUUCCGAUUCCCAAAGAGCUUCGGAAGUUCAUCAAAACGCAGAAAACAUCGGAAAACGUCUUGAGAUAUCAAAUGAACCCACAAAUCUUCUUGAAGGCCACAAUCUCUUUUCAAGUCCACCAUCAUCAAGCUGAAUAAAAUCUAUGAAAUCGAUAUUGAAUUUCCAUGUUUUCUCUAACAGCGGUAGUUUCUUUUUCCAAAAACCAUGCGAGCGAUUUUUUUGAUCAAUUCUCCAAGAAAAAAAAACGUAUUGGCUUUUUUUUGACCUUUCCUAACGGAAAUUUGAAACUAAAUAAUGUAAGGAAUAAUCUCUUCGGGGCGGCAUAGCUCAGCUGGCAUAACUCAUUUCUAACGUCCGCAAGGUCGUAGGUUCGAGUCCCCCCGAGGUCUACCAAGCCUUUCAUCCCUCCGGGGUAGAUAAAAUUGGGAGCUGCAUGCAGCGAAAAGGCUCAUUCUCUGCCAUCGGCCUUUGGAAAGCCGGCACCGUACUUCUUCCUACGACCUCUCUUGUACCUGAUGUUCUACGAGCGAAAUUCACAACUUCUCUGCCUAAGCCACAGCUCCUGCCGCCGUUUAAACACAGUCAAAUCAAUGAAAGUCGAUUGCACAUGUACUCUUACAUUGAAGAUGCAAUAAACAGUUUUUUUUUUUUUUUAAACAGUUUUUAAAAAUCUCUUGAUCUUGACCGAUCAAAGAAACAACUUCGAUUUCGUUGAAAUCGGCUCCUUAUCAAAUCGUCAUCUAAAUGCACCCACGCUAAAAGGUUUUCAAUACCGCGCGCCGCAUCACCAGACGCGACCGGUAAAAGCCCCGAGCGAAGGCUCCUCUCUGAGCCUCCGCUUCGGUACAAUCUCUCACCACCUCCUACGCAGUUAUUUCGAACGUUCUAACUGUAAAGCUUUCAGACGUCGCCGUCCAGCCCCUAUUAAACCAAGCGACACGGAGCCAAAGACAAGGUCCAUCCGGCCGCGGACGCGCUGCCGUCCUCUUUCUCUCAUCUACCAUUUUAUAACUUUGCUUGUUUUGAUCAAUUCAAUGAAUAUUCUCACUUUCAAUCCUUGUUCCGCGUACCGCAUUUAAAUGAAGUUUCUUCCAACAAAGGAUUUUAGCUCGCAAGAGCAAAGAUCUUUUACUAUAAAUACAAAAUUCGUCAAUGCGAAAAGUUUGUUGCGUCAAUUUUUAAAUGAAGUUAAUCAUUAUCUUUCAGAUUUGAACAUUAUCGGCGGACAUUUAAAGAGGAGUCCAUCACUAUUUCCAUGGAGUCGUGCAGUUCAAGUCUCUGAAACAAUAUGAACCCAACGGCCUUCUUUAAGGCCACAGAUCCCUAUCAAAUCCUAUUUAUUAAAUGAUGACUUUCAUAAAAAAUUACAGUUCUUAUAAACAGAAACUUAAUUCAGAAGUAUCAUAAUGGACGACAAAAAGAAAAAAAAAUAAACGUCGAUAAACAUGCAUUGGACGAGAGGUCAAUCAAUAAUCUGACCACAGACUUCGCGACGGCGAAGUGUGCGACAGAGCGCACUUUUGCGGCUGACAUGUGGAUUAAGGGUCUCGCAGCGACGCGAAACGCGGGAAACAUCGACGUCUUCCUCGUCGUUGCUUUAUUUUCAUUCAGUCGUUCUUCUUCGGUCUGCGGAGGUCUUCUGAUCCUCUGGCUGUGGUCUUCUUGCUCAGUUCUUUUUGCUCCGUUCUCCUUGCUCAGUUCUUCUUGCUCAGGUCUUCUUGCUCAGUUCUUCUUGUUCAGGUCUUCUUGCUCUGGUCUUUUUGCUCAGUUCUUAUUGCUCAGUUCUUCUAGUCGCGGUUUUUUAGUCUUUCUUCGCUCCUGUUGCUUAUUUUCACGUGAUCAGUGUUUCAUCAAUAGAUGCUUUCGUCUCACUCUUGUUGAAACGUUCAAAGGCUUUCUUCUGUGUAUAGUCUGACAUGGAACGCUUAAAAAUUGCCACAGCCUCUUUUUUCAUAAAUUCACUGUUAUUUCGUUUUCUCAAAGCUAAUUUAAAACGAAAUAAUGAUGUCAGAAGAAGAAGUGUGACGACUUUUGGGCGCCCAAUCGCAAAGAGGUCGAUCGAUAAUUCGACUUUGCGACGGCGAAGUGUGCGACGGAGCGCACUUUUACGGCACAUAACCAAGAGCAAGGGUCUUGCCGCGAAGCGAAACGCGGGAAAGAAAGACGUCGUCCUCGCCCUUGCUUCAUUCUCAUUUUGUCCUUGUCCUUCGUUCUGAUGUGGUCUUCUGGCUCAGGUCUUCUAGGUCUUUUAGCCUUUCAUUGCUCCGGUUGCUGGUUUCCUAGUGAUUAGUUUUCCAUCAAUAGACGCUUUCUUCUCAAUCUUGUUGAAACGUUCAAAGGGUUUCUUCUGUGUAUAGUCUGACAUGGAACGCUUAAAAAUUGCCACAGCCUCUUUCUCAUAAAUUCACUGUUUCUUCGUUCUCUAAAAACGAAAUGGAGACGAAAUAGUGAUUGUCAGAGGAAGAAUUGUGGCGGUCUUUGCGCGCCCCAGGUUGAAGAGGUCAAUCAAUAAUCUGAUCACACACCUUGCGACGGCGAAGUGUGCGAUAGAGCGCACUUUGGCGGCACACAAUCAAGAGCAAGGGUCUUGCCGCGACGCGAAACGCGGGAAAGAAGACGUCGUCCUCGAUUUUGCUUCAUUCUCAUUCUGUUGUUUCUUUUCGGUCUGCUGUGGUCUUCUUGAUCAGAUCUUCUUGAUCAGGUCUUCUAAUGAUAUGAAUAUGUUUCAAUGAAGUUGCGUUAAUUUUUUUUCCUUCUAUUACACUGUUUCAAAAAACUCGUUUCGUUUUUUCGUGCUCGUGAUCCAUUCAGAAAUAAUUUCAAUUUUUUCAGGUAAUAUACGUAGCUAAAAUGGUUGCAAAAACCCCGAAACGGUUAGUUUUGUUGUUUUUAUCUAUAUCUAUUUUCCUCAAGGGAAACAAUUUAACCCUUCUCCUAUACUGACAAAAAGUUUUUCAAGCGAGCGUAUCUUAUGGGUUGAAAUAGUUGAUUAAAAUUAUUUUGCGCUGAUUUUUUAACAAUUUUUCUUUUCAGAGCUUUUGCGAAAAAGCGUAAGCCGCUCAAGAAGGCCGUCGGUGAAGAUAUGCAAGAUUAUGACAUCUGUCUGUGAGUUUCAAACAAAUAUUUUAGGCAUACUUUUUCUCAAAAACUGGAAAAGAAUAUAGUUUUUUUGGAAACAAAAAGCUUUUCUGCGACUGCCAGCUUUCUCAUUCCACAAGCGAAAACUUGUUCUAAACCAAAAAAAAAACCAUAAUACGCUGGUCGGUGACAAGACAUAACAGAUUUUUUGCAGGAAAAUGGUGAAACAGUGGGUCGACGAAGUCCGUCCUACGGCGAAGUCCGAUCCAGAGCUCUAUGGAAAUGCUAAGAUGGUUGCGACGGUAACAAAGGAGACCGAAAACUCGAUUGAUCUGGCUGUCAAUCGUGAUGAUGUUCUUGGGUCAGUUUCGAUCGAAAUCAUUUACAGCCCAUUUUUUGGAACUAAAGAAUGGAAAAAAAAAACAGAAAUUUGUUUCGAGGCGCUCAAAUUUUCUCGACCUGUCCAUUUCAUCCUUCAAUAAGCAGUAACUCAUUUAAGACAAAAAAGGCUACUGACUAAAAAAAGUACGACUGUUAUUGUUCAUAACAAAUCACUUUCCAGCCAUUGUCCGCCUAAUGACAACUAUUCGUGUGAUGAUGACGUAAACGGUUCGCAGGAUUCAUUUAUGGCAUGGUUGCGUACAAUUUCCAAGAAAGCGGUAAGUUUUUACCACGGUUUUUUCUUCCUAUGAUAACCGAGAAAAAAGCCCUAGUAAUGAAGAAUAUCGGCCAAGAUUUUUCGAGCCUAGGAAAUUCGUUGUGUGAUUUUUCAUCAUGCUCAUGGAAAACUUUUUGCAAGAAGGAAAUAAUACAAAACAUGAAAUGGACUUUUUGCAGUGAUUCGGAUGAAAUCGAUGAAUCGGAGAGCGUGACUUGGAACGAUCUCGACUCUGAAGGAAGAGAUGAAGACGCGUUCUCGGAAAAGUCGGAGUCAGUUCAUUAUCAUUGAGGCUUCCAAACAAUCUCGACCGAAAUGAAUGAAUGAAAUCGAACUGAAUUUUGCAGAGAAUAAAUCAGCGAAAAAGCACUUUAGAAUUUUUCAGAGAGAAUACGGAAUAUCAUGUGGGACCUGUUAGCGAGUACGCAGUUCUUCAGUACAUCAAGUUGGUUGCUGACGAAAAAGGAGAACAAAACGGGUCAGUUAGUCAACUCUUUUUUCCGCUUUUGAAAGAAGUCUGCACGAGGCUGAAAGGUUUCAGUGCAAGAAAUGGAACGAUUUCCGUUUCAAAGUAGAGAACUCCAUGAAGUUACAGUUUCGCACAAACAAAACUUAUAUAUGAUAAUUACAAACAAAUUGUUAUCUUCCAUUUUUUCAGAAAGUGGAAAGUUUCCGCAGUCCCGAAGCAUCGCAAGUUUGUCAUUGAAACUUUCCGCGAAGUUGAAGAUUGCAACGACGUAUUUGAAAAGAAAAAGUCAGUUUCUUAUAUUUCUGUUUUUCUGCAAGCUCCAAAUUAUUGAAUACCAGACAAAACUUUGAAAGUCAUUUUAAAAUCGUUAAAUUUAGGGUCUGGACCAACCGCUAUGUUUCGCCUCAUGGAGACGUUUACAUUGAAAACGUGGAAUGGUACAAGAGCGAAAAAGUAGAGCCGAAUGAGUCAGUUUAAAAUUUAUUUUUGUUUCUCAGAAACCAUAAAGAAGAGUAUGAAAAGUUUUUUUUUCAGUCCUUGGUUCUCCCGAGACCCGGCCGAAAAUAUGGAAGCAUAUUUUGAGAUGAAAACUUUGAAACUGAUCUCCACGCCAGAUACGAGAGUCCCUUUGAAGUAAGUAUUUCGUCUCAUUAGUAUUUAACUAUCUCAUCAAUAAUCUUGAAAAAAGUUCCAACAUUCUCCUUUAAAAUCAGAAAAACUCCGAUGCAAGCAAUGAGAUUUUUGGAUAUUUUGCUUUUCUCGCUUUGAUGUUCAGAGAAAAAGCAAUUCAUUAUUUUGAUAGUAGACAAAAAUUUCUUUAAACCGAAACUGACGUUAGGAAAGAGAAUAUCAAAGAGGAAAAAACUUUGGAACAUUUUAGAGACCGCAAGAAGAAGAAGUACGUUCAACCAGGCGAUGAAGGAACGAUAACCGGUUUUGUAUCAUACUUCAAAGAAGACCCGGAGUCCAAUGAAUUGUCAAUGUAUCUUCUUUUUCUUGUUUCAAACAAACAUUUAUGAACGGCAAAAAAAGUUUCAGUGCAAGGAACAGCGCAAUAAUUUUUUCUUAAAAAUAUUUCAUGGAACCAAAAAAACUUAAUUUUUGCAAACAGAUCGAAAAACGGAAGAAUUGGAAAAAACAAUUUUUUUCAUUAUUUUUUUGUUUUAGGGAGUUCAUGUUCAUCCCGCUUCCCAACGACCAUGACGUGAUUGUAGAAAUUGUUCAGAAAGUCCAAAAAUCGCAGGGAAUAGCAAAUGGGUGAGCUCAUCUAAUCUUUUAUGUUCCAUAGCGGGUGCUGAGAAAAAAAUUCAACUUACAGAAAGAAGUGAAUUAUAACAUUCAAAAAAAUAAAAAAAGCGCUUUGUAAACGCUAAUUUCAGAAGGCUUAAGAAAUAUCUGACUAGAUGGUCGGGUGAAGUGUACCUCCAGAAGACGGUGUGGAUUGAAACUGAGGACAUUAAACUUGACAAGUUAGUUUUGUUUGUUUCUCAGAGGGCUCAAAAACAAUUUUACAAUGUGAAAAUAACACGUAAAUUUAAAUUUGCAUUAAAAUAAAAAUAUAUUUCUAGUCCUUAUUAUCCAAUUGCCUCGUCCGGAGACUCCGAAGGUUUGCUGCAAAUCCAGUUUAUUGAAUUGAUCUCUUACUCCGAACCAAUCGAGUAAGUUUUCGGAUUUUUAAUCGUUAAUAUGAAAAAUAUUUGAGGGAAGUUCCGAAUGGCGACAAUCUCCCCCCGACAAGCCCUCCCUGGAUGGAGUAACCGCAAAGCCCAAAAAUUAAACUCUAAAUCAGAGGACUUUUCAGUUGGAUUGCUCGAAAUCCUUUCUCCAAAUUCCUCAACGUUGAAAAAGAGGAAUCCCGCGAUGAGCCACCGGGACCAUUUUUCGGCUCCGGAAACUUGCCGUCGCGGAUGUCAGUUUAUAAACUUAAAUCUCAACACAAUGUAGUUUUUCUCACCAAAAAUCUAAAAACUCUUUAAAAAUUACUCCCUAAAUAACAUUAAGAAAAAUUUUGGGAAUGCUUUCAAAAAUUUUUUUCUCCUUAUAAAAAAACUAAUAAUGUUGAGAACUUUUCAGAUGGUUCGCUCCAACGCCCGACUUCUACGUCGAAGGGGAAAAAUCCUGCAGUGAGCCACUGAAGCAAAAUUUUGGCUUGCCGCGUCAAAUGUUAGUUUACAAGCUAAAAUCUCAACAAAAUAUAGAUAUUCUCCUUGAAAAAUCUGAAUAAUUCUUCAAAAAUUACUACCUAGAUAACAUUUAAAAAAAUUGUUGGAAACGCUUUCAGAAUUUUUAUUAACUCAAAAAAAUUUUGUUUUCAGUGAGGUUGCUCCGACGCCCGACCUCUAUGUCGACAGGGAGAAUGCGCGCAGAGCUUCACCGAGGCAAAUAUAUCGCGGUGGAAGCUUGCCGUGGCUGACGUCAGUUUAUAAGCUAAAAUCUCAACACAAUGUAGAGAUUCUCACCGAAAAUCUAAAUAACUCUUUAAAAAUACUCACUAGAGAACAUUUAAAAAAUGUAGGAAACGCUUUAAGAGUUGUUUUCUUCUUACAAAAAACUGAAAAUGAUGAUGUGCUUCUGACAAAUGGUGUGAAAAGCCCGCAGUUUGGUGUUGUUUGCAAGUUGCGCGUGUGGUUGGGUGUUUAAGGCGCAAACGUAACCUGUUCCGCGGAAAAAUGCUCCUCGCCUCUUUUGGUGUUGGUCCCAGUUGUUUUCUUUUCACUUGAUUAGCUAAUAUAAUAGAUUACAUAUUUAUUUGUUCAACGAGCAAAUGCGGAAAAAUUUAAAGUUAUCCUCAAUCCACCACUGGUUUUUUUUUUUUUGAAAUAAAAUAGUGAAAUUGAAAAACUUCAAUUUUUUUCAGAGUUGUUAUCAAUCAAUCGAUAAAAUUUGCCGUUCCUUAUCUUUGGUAGAGUUUUUCUAAAAAUGAAUCAUAAGUUGUUCCAACAGUCUUCAAGUUGUUUUUUUGAUAGGAUAACAGUUCUUAUAUUAAAUACCCUGAAGGAAGCUAUACCAAGUGUCUUGAAUAUAUUUAAAGAUGUCGAAAUUAUUUUAUAAUGCUUCAAUUUCUUUUUCUGCUUUGUCAUUAAAAUAUUUCAGGAUGAGGCUGCCGUUAUUUCUUAUGUUUUUGCACGUCGUCGGGGCUAAUCUUUUGAUGCCUGGGAUAUACACGGAAACUAUAGAAGUGAUGCAGUCGAAGGUUCUUUUUUUUUUCUCUGAACUUAUAAAAUUAACAUUUUCAGUACCAGCUCAUCGGCGUUCCACAAGCAGCUCUGAAUCAAACUGCCGUUCAGAUCGAAUUGUUUUGCAACCCUGACCUUGAUUUGACAUUCGACGUUUGUUUCAUCAAGUUUUGAAGUUGUAGAGCGAAUUGAUUCAUUAAACGUCCUACUUUCAAAAAAAUCGGGAAUUGUAACUUUCAGGCCGAGUUUGUCCUCCGAUCUUCCCCUUGUGACAAGGAAUUCUUUAAUUCAAAAGAUUCCCAGCGACGACAGAACUUGGUAGAAAAACGUUCCAUUUCCCUCAGAACUUUCAAUUUUUAGGUGUUUUACUACAAUGAAUCUAACCAGUACCACAUCCCCGACACAUUCGACUAUCCGCAAAUUGUCUACUACCGCUCCAAAGUACAGUCGAUUUCAUGCAAGGUAUUUUGCUCUUACUCGUCUUUAAAAAUAAUAUUUUUCAGGGUUCUCACGGACGCUUUGUUUUUCCCAAUGCAACUGGUCCGAUGGUCUUGACAAACGUAACUAAAGUUCCCGUAAGCUUUGAAGCUCCAUCUGCUUCCAAGUUUCUAAUUUUCAGGUUGUUCGUUCCAAGAGGGCUUCUGAAUAUGACAAGGGAAUGAAGUUAGUUGUUACUUGAAAGAUUUGGUUAAAAAAGAAUGUUAAGGACCUUCCACCCGGCUCAAUCCAUUCCCAUGGAUGGAAUUUACUACCUCAUUGUGAAGGUAACUUUGACAAAAAGUAUUGAAAUUCAAACAGAACUAGAUGUAUUCAUAAAAUUCAACCGUGGCAAAAAAGGAGCCUUUUUUAAGAUGAUUUCGCAACAAUUUGAGAAGAUUUACUCGAAAAACGAUGAUUUAAUUGUAGAUCAUUUUCCUGUUUCAGAUUGUCGGAACUUCGUUCCCAGCGAAAUCCUUGGACGCUGUAAAUGUGACCGUGACUGUCGAGUGGAAAGCUCCUUAUGGAUAUUUGUCCGCUAUCGACUGGCCUCUCCUCAGGUGCCUCAUUUUGUUUUACUCCGUAUCUUAAUCUGUUUCUUUUUCAGAUUUUAUAAAAUGAUGUGCGUUUUCUACGCUAUCCUGGCGCUGAUUUGGCUAACUCUCUGCAUUCGCCAUUACCGCGAUAUUCUUAGAAUUCAGUACUGGAUAGGUGAGAGUUAAGUGGCUGGAAAAAAAAAUAAGAAAAUUUUUAGGAGCGGUGAUUGUACUCGGAAUGGUGGAAAAAGCUUUUUUUCUGUCGGAAUAUGCCUCGAUGAAUGACACUGGAAAAAAAGCAUUGAUGGAAUCCUUGAGGUAAUAUUUGCAUAUUUCGAAAAAAAUUGAGAUAUUUUGUGCAGACAAAAAAAUUAAUAAAAAAGAAAUUAACGGAAAAUGGUAUCAUAAAUGAAAAUAGAGCCCGUCACUCACAUAUAUUUCAAUUGUAUGAAAUGAUUCUUGUUCAGUUCAAACAUAAAAAUUCGUAUUUCUCUGAUAAAAAUGAAACUUUUCAGCUCGCGGAAAUCGUUUCAUGUGGCAAGAAAACUAUGUCCCGAGUUUUGGUGAUAAUCGUCUCUUUGGGCUAUGGAGUUGUGAAGCCUCGCCUUGGUAAUACCAUGAAUCAGGUAUGUCCUUCUCUAUCCUGGAAUAUAUUGAUUUUUCCUGUUUCAGGUUGCCGGCGUCGGCCUUGUAUACUUUGUCUUCUGCUCAAUUGAAGGCAUCGCCCGCGUCUCCAAGGUAACGUUUGUUUUUUGGAACCCUUCGAUAUUUUGAAACUGAGGGAGAACCUUGAAAUCGUUUCAGAACACUGUGGAAGCGGCGAAACAGAAGCAGUUUGCUUCGUUGCCAUUGGUUCUGACGGAGAUGGUCAUAUUUUAUUGGAUUUUUACUUCUCUCACGGCUACGAUGCGCACUUUGCGACUUAAGAGAAACGAAGUGAGGAUAUGGAGAUUGUUGAACGCGAAAAAUGUUUGCAAUGAACAAAAAAAUAAACUAGAUAUUGAUUUGAAAAAAGAAGUUUUGGCUCUGAAAAAGAAAAAGUUUUAAUGUAGUGAUGAAAGAAGUGCAAGCCUGAAGUUUUGAAAGUUUUUUUGACGGCGUAAAUCGGGCCAUUAUGGAAUUUUUUUGAAUAUUUAGAAGAUGUUAAAAACAGUCCUGAUUCGAUAAUUAAUUUUUUUUAAAGGUAUCCGGUCUUUCAAAAAAAGUUUAUUUCAGGUCAAGCUCAGCGUCUACCGCCAUUUCACCAACACUCUGAUCUUCGCCGUCCUCUCAUCGAUUGUCUUCAUGGUCUGGAGUAUGUUCUAUCACAUAUUCCCUACGUGCCGUGUUGACUGGAAAGAGCUGUAAGUUAUACGCAGGAAAAAAUAAACUAAAUUUUUUUUUUCAGUUGGGUUGAUACGGCGUUUUGGCACGUCCUGUUCUGUUUCAUCCUUGUUGUUAUCAUGACUUUGUGGCGGCCAUCUCAGAACAAUCAACAGUACGCUUUUACUCCACUGCUCGACGACAGCGAAGAUGAGAACGAUCAGGGUAAUUUAUUCAUACUUACAAAGAAAGAUAGGCCAAAAACUCUGUUCUGAAUCAACACUGCUCACUCUUUGUUCAGCAGGGAUCCGGCGAAGCUCAAUAUUUUUUAAAUACCAUAAAUGGUUGCAAAAUUACUUCCCCCUGAGAAUGAGUUUGCUAUAACUUUGGGAACGAACUGCAUUUUAAAGACGCUCCUUACAAAAGGACGAAAGUUGAAGUUUUUCAGAAAUUCAUAGCAAUGAACAUUAAGAAUGCGUUUAAAGAAUGAUGAGCAAUAUGAAAUUAAUUAAAGUUCAUCAUUUGCAAAGUUUUCCCUUACUUAAAAAAUAGUUUAUUUCUGAAUGCCGGCAACAUGAUAAACAUGAGUUUUCACCAUCAACGUAGUCUUAAAAGAAAAUGAAAGUCUCGAUUCGACCAAGAUUCCUUUCUAAUUCGGUUGAAGCCAAUCAAUAGAAGCUUCUUACAAAGUUUAUUCAGAGCUUCAACUCAAGAUGAAAUGGAAAAUUUUUGAAAUCAAGCGAUUUUUCUCUCUUUAAAAUAUAAUUUUUCAGACGAGCUUUUCAACACGUUCACCCCUGGCUACGACGUUCUGACCGCUCGAAACUCUGGUGCUGGUGCUGAGCAAAGGCGUCAACGAGAAUCCGACAAAGAUCAGCAAAGAAAGGAAGAUAGACUCAAGGUUAAUAAAUCUUUUAAAAGUUGCGGAUUGGCUCAAAAUGUCUUUGAGUAUCGACUUUGAGGUUUUAUAAGACUCAUUGGCUUUUUUAGCCAUCAAAUGUGCAAUCAAAGAUUGAAUUCAAUUAUUUCGUAUUGCAAACCAGUUUUUUUCUCAGGAGGACCUGCGCUGGAUCGAGGAAAACGUGCCCAGCUCUCUGACGGAUCAGCUUCUUGGUAGCUUCGAAGACCCUGAGGAGCAAGAGGCUAAGCAACUCGAGAUCAGCAAGAUGCUCUAA